CUCCGAACUACCCUCAUCCCCGACACAACAGCCAAGACAGUCCUGGAUCUGCGACCCCAAGUGUCCCGCUCACCCACGCGGCAUCCGUACCUGUGCAUGUGCUCUCUGUCCGCCUGUCCGCCUGUCAGCCUGUCCGCCUGUCUGCCUGUCCGCCCGCCUGCCUGUCCGCCCGUUAGGCUUAUUGUGCUCAAGCGACGUGAUCCCCUGACAGGGCCCCCAAGCUCCUCAGCCCCCAGGUCACCACCCGGUCUGUGAGACUGCCCAAGACACUUGGCACUGGUUCGGCCUCGUGCACUGUGGCUUGGCUGUUGCCAUGCGUCUUACAUCGCACACUUGGACCCGACCUGAUUCAUGCUCCUGGCGGCUGGAAACUAGUCUGUGUUACCUCUGGUACGCUCUUCUCACGCUUGGGUCUCUGCGACAAAUGGCUUGUCGCUGAUACUUGACUCUCUCGGCACCCAUUUCCUCCAAUGUCCAAAACUUUGGCCCGUUCCCACCCAACUUCAUCUUGAACUGCUGUUUUCUGAGAUAUUCUCCGGGGACACGUUGGAAUCGCCAGUGCUGUCAGCAGGAAACCUCAGGUCAGGUUAAGCAAAGAAAAAAGGAUUAUCGCCACGCACUGAGGGGCUUUUGUCUGGGCGCAGUCACCGGCUCCAACGAAUAUCACCGGGCCUUACGUACGAAGCCCACGAAUCUUCUCCACCCUGACCUGCGCCGCCACUCUCCGGCUUUCUUGGUACCCCCCAAGUAAUACAAUACACCAACACCACCCCAGAUGAUAUAGAUACUCGUCCUUGUCUUUCUUUUCUUUUCUCCAGCCGGCCCAUCAGGGAUCUCUCCUUUACGGCUGUGAACCUUACUCCUCAGUAUCCCCGGAUAUCCUGGGUGGGGCCAUCGCCAACUACAACCAUAAUGAAGUGCACGACAGUACUGGCCCUCUCGGCCUCAAUAAUAUCAUCGGCGGAGGCCAUCAACCUGCGGAAAAGAACAGAUGGAGGAGCACCAAGGGUACUCGGCUUGCCCACACAGAGGAAGACGAUAGCAAAUCCACACAAGCGAGACCAGAUACGAAGACGAGCGACAGUCACAGCCAAUCUUGACAACGAGGAAACAUUGUACUUCAUCAAUGCCACCCUGGGGACCCCGGCACAGUCCCUCCGACUUCACCUCGACACCGGCAGCAGUGAUCUGUGGGUAAACACUCCGAGUUCGGCAUUAUGUACACAAUCAUCAUCACCAUGCGCAUUUGCGGGCACAUAUACCGCCAAUUCCUCGUCAACAUACGAAUACGUCGGUUCGUGGUUCAACAUAUCGUACGUCGAUGGGUCCGGGGCACAUGGGGACUACGUGACAGACACAAUCUCAAUAGGCGGUACGACACUGAGCGACUUCCAAUUCGGCAUAGGCUACACCAGCAGCAGUGCCCAGGGCAUCCUGGGGGUGGGAUACACGGCCAACGAGGUACAGGUCGGCAGGGCGGGCAUGUCGCCGUACGACAACCUCCCGGCCAAGAUGAAGGCCGAGGGCAAGAUCACGUCCAACGCAUACAGCCUGUGGCUGAACGACCUCGACGCGAGCACGGGCCAGAUUCUGUUUGGCGGGGUGGACACGGAUCAGUUCACGGGGCAGCUCCAGACACUGCCGAUCCAGGCCGAGGGCGGCACCUUCGCCGAGUUCUUGAUCACCCUGACGGGCGUGUCCUUCAACGGGGAGACAAUCGCCUCGGACCAGGCGCUGGCGGUGCUCCUGGACAGCGGCAGCAGCCUGACGUACCUGCCCAACGACAUGGUGGAGACCAUCUACGACCGGGUGUCGGCGCAGUACGACAGCAACGAGGGCGCGGCAUACAUCGCCUGCAGCAUGGCCAACACCAACGCCACGCUCGACUUCACCUUCAGCUCCCCCGUCAUCUCGGUCGAGAUGAACGAGCUGGUGCUGGACCUCGUCACGGCCUCGGGCAAGAGGCCGCGCUUCUCGGACGGCACCGAGGCCUGCCUCUUCGGCAUCGCCCCCGCGGGCUCGAGCAGCAUGGUCCUGGGCGACACCUUCCUGCGCAGCGCCUACGUGGUCUACGACCUCGAGAACAAUGAGAUCUCCAUCGCCCAGACCAACUUCAACGCCACCACCAGCAACAUCCUCGAGAUCGGCACUGGCACCAGCGCCGUGCCCAGCGCGGUGGAUGUUGCUAAUGCCGUGGCCGCCACGGGCCUUGCCGACUCCUCGACAACCAUCGCUGGCGGCUUUGGCGUCCAGAACGGUGCGCCAGGGCGGAUGGACGGCGCUGCGCGAGCCGCGGUUGUCGGUGCCGUCGUCGCUGUCGCAUUUGGGGCCGGGGCGACUAUUUUUUAAGCUGGGAAGUCGAGCCCGGCGGCCCCUUUGUAUCAUACUACUACUAUACACAUUGGACAGUAAUGUUCGAAGCGGACCGUGGCAACUGGCUGUUUGGGAGAUGCAUUUGGAGGCACAGCGAGUGUUUUCAUGAAGCCAUCAUGAUGGGAUGAUCUUUUUACCGGGUUUCCAUUUUUAACAUCUUUAGCACUUUUGCAUAUUCUGUGGACAUAUACAGAACUAGAAAGAAGCGAGGUGGGGCAACAUCACAUUGCAAGCAUGGCGUUUUAUGGUCGAUGGAACACGAGUCGUCUUGCCCAUGAGGGACGGAUGGGGAAGGAGGCGAUACGGGGCAGAAGGACACUUGAAGGAACGAAUAGCCAUUUAAUGUGACCGGUCAACAAGAUCGCCUCCAG